AUGGCAGCUCGUCCACGCCAGGGAGACUAUGGCAGCUCGUCCACACCAGAGACUAUAGCAAGUUCGUCCACGCCAGGAGACAAUGACAGCUCAGCUCAUCCGGGUCAAAGUCUACACCCAGGAGACUAUAGCAGCUCAUCCAUGCGAGGAGAAUAUGGCAACUCGUCCACGCCAGGAGAAUAUGUCAGUUCGUCCACUCUAGAAAACUAUAGCUACUCAUCCACGCCAGGAGACUAUGGCAGCUCGUCCACGCCAGGAGACUAUGGCAGCUCGUCCAUGCCAGGAGACUAUAGGAGCUCAUCCACUCUGGAAGAUUAUAGCAGCUCAUCCACUCUAAAAGACUUUGACAGCUCUGGCCCACGCCAGGAGAAUAUGGCAGCUCGCCCACUUCUAGAAAACUAUAGCUACUCAUCCACGCCAGGAGACUAUGGCAGCUCGUCCACGCCAGGAGACUAUGGCAGCUCGUCCAUGCCAGGAGACUAUGGCAGCUCAUCCACUCUGGAAGAUUAUAGCAGCUCAUCCACUCUAGAAGACUCUGGCAGCUCGUCCACGCCAGGAGACUAUGGCAGCUCAUCCACCCUAGAAGAUUAUAGCAGCUCGUCCACUCUAGAAGACUUUGACAGCUGCGUCCACGCCAGGAGACUAUGGCAGCUCAUCCACGCCAGGAGACUAUAG